AUGAGUUUAAAAGACGAAGAAUAAACAAAAUAAUCUUUGCUUGCAGAUAAUGCUGUAGAUGAAGAAUUUACAAACCAAGGUGCUUCUGUUAUGAAUGCUACUGCUAACAUUAUUAAAAGUGGUAUAGGUACUGGACUGCUAUUUAUGCCUUAUGUUUUUAGUUAAUGUGGUAUAGUUCUUUCUAUAGUUUUUAUGGGAUUGAUGGGUGCAGUUGCUUUUUAUUGUUGGAGCUAGCUUUGCAGAAUUAUCCGUAUCCUUGAACAAAACGGUAUAAAAUAUGAAAAUCACAGUCAACUCACUUUAGAAACAGCAGCAGGUCUUAUAAUGGGUGAAAAGUAUAAACAUUUCAGUAUUAUCGUCACCCUUAUAUUUAUUUAUGGUUCCUCCGUAGGCUACUGCAUAUUUAUUCUUUAAACUAUGCAAGACUAUAUUCCUAACUAUUACAUCACACUGGCUAUUGUCUUUGUUAUUUACAUGCCUCUUUCGAUGUUUAGACAAAUUGAAAAACUUGGAAUUUUUAGUUAAUUUGCUCUAGUUGCUCUUUCCUUUUCUAUUUGCGUUAUUUUAGGAUAUUCAUCUUACCAAAUAUCUGAUAACAACUUUUCAGGAUUUACAGCAAAAAUUUUCGAUUUCUCUAGUCUUCCCUUGUAUUUUGGAGUUUUUGCUUUUGCAUAUGACAUUAACGGUGUUGUGACUGAGGUUCAUGCAUCAAUGAAGGAGAAACACAAAUUCAAUAGAGUACUGUUUGCGUUUAUUUUCUUUUCUUUUGUUCUUGGAUCACUGUUAGGAGUCUUGGGAUAUUAUGCAUUCAAGGAUGAUGUAAAUUCUGUGAUAUUUAAAAAUUUCAAUGAUAUUGGAGCAUUCAGCACAAUAAUAUCUAGUUUAAUUAGUUUAUCAAUUGUUGCUAGUAUUUUAUUAUACGGUUUCCCAAUAGUAAAAACUGUAGAUAGACUCACUGCUAGAGCCUAGCCUAAUCCUAACAUAAUAACUAUGAUUAUUACUAGACUAAUCUUUUUCUUGAGUAUAAGUUUUUAAGGUAUUUAUGUUUAAAGCAUUACCAAUGUUUUUAAUCUCCUUGGAUGUGUCUUUUCAGUUAUUUUAACUUUUGUCCUUCCUAUGAUCUUACUAGAAAAGAUGAAAUAUCUUGAAAAAAAAGGCAUUCAAGUUUAGUCACGUGUUAAAUCUUCAGCUAUUGAAGGUAGCAGCACUUAAACAGUCAGCGAUAACACUGAUUAAUAACAAUAAAUUCAGCCUAAUUAAAAUCAAUAUUAAGUAAAAAAUAAUCAAAAAAAAGAAACUUUACCUUAAGGCAUUUUAAACACAGUGUUUAACAUAUUAGUUGUAGUAAUAGGCAUAACUGGUGGAGUUUCUGGUUUAAUUUCGUCUAUAAUUGAUUUAUCCUCAUGA